AUGAAUGUUCCCGCGGAUUAUCUUCUCAUGCGUAAUCCCUGUAUCAUGGACUCCUCGACAAGCGUGGAUCCCGUGAAACAGCUCUCACGACGCCUGCUCGGCAGCAGUCCCACUCAAAUUCUACUUUUACUUUCUCCAACUGCUGCCUUACUCUGGUCCCUCAACUGGCCUCCCUCGUCUCCAGUGCCAGAACAAUGCCUCAGUCAGCGGUGCACUUGCGAGGGUGUUCGCCCGAGAUUCUCUAACCAGCGGUUGCCCUGUUCUGCGGACUCAUCAAGGCGCCUUAAUUUUGGUGAAUCCUAG